GGGGGUUGUGGUGGCUACAAAAGGCCGCGGCAUUGGGGAUCUGAACAUCUUCAUCAUGAAGUCAUUGCUGCUGCUGUGUUUGCUGGUUCUGCUGACUGUUGCCCUCGUGGGUGCAAGGCACAGUGGAGGAUACAGACGAAAGCCUUAUGAUCACCACAGACAACCCUCCUAUUAUCAUGGGUACGAAAACAAUGACGACGAUGACUACGAUGAUGAUGACGGCAACGACGUAGAGUAUUACUACUACUAUCACCACAGACCAGAACCCCAGCCCCCAAGCUUCCCGACUCAUCUCUACAACCAGAUUCCUGACGACGUCCUCGGGGACGCUCUCUGCGUCAUGUUGGACACCAGGUUUGCAGUCCGGCUUCAGGCCGUUGAGCACAUCUAUGACCGGUAUGGGGCAAGUCAGGGUUACGCAAUCGCUGAGGUUUUACAACGGUUAAUGCAGUCCGACUUCCUGGAUCGUCUUGGCGAUCUACGAAAUCAUGUUUUCAGUGGCAUGUCCACUGCUGGAAAGGAGAAGAUGUGCAAUCUGCUUCAACACAUGCCUGACAACUACAACGUCUGUGGCUUCCAAACCCUCGUCAGCAUCUUGGCUGACCAGUGCGACACCACACCUCAGGUCACCCAGACACCCUUGCCCACUACACCCACGACAGCUACACCAACUACAGCGAAAGCAACUACAGCGGCACCAACUACAGCGACAGCAACUACAGCGAAAGCAACUACAGCUGCACCCACGACAGCUGAACCAUCUACAGCAAAAGUAACAACAACUACCACAACAACUGCACCUACUCUCAAUUGCAACGAUAUAACUUCUAUCCGAAGUGUUGCCAUAACAACAAGAAUUGUUGGAGGCUUCGCAGCACAGCAGGGUGCCUUCGACUCCUACGCCUCCCUCAACAUCGGAGGUAGCGCUAACCCCGUGUGUGGAGCUACAAUCAUCGAUUCCUGCACUAUUCUGACAGCUGCCCAUUGCGUUAAUGACCAAACUGCUGAUCAAAUCAAAGUCAAUGUCGGCGACCACACAACCAUAACAUCAACCACGCAGCUCAACGUCAACAGCGUCACGGUCCAUGAGAACUACAACACUCAAACUACAGCCAAUGAUGUAGCGAUCCUGAAGGUCGACCCCAUUGACUUCAACACCAUCCCCAACACCGCACCAGCCUGCCUCGCCACCGCCGACUACGCUCUGACAGGACAAGACUGCACUGCAGUUGGAGUUGGAACCACGAGUUAUGGUGGCCAGCAGCCAGAUAAUUACCUCCUGCAACAAGUGUCCGUUCCAACUCAGGACGGCAACACCUGCGCCAAAAACAACAGCAUCCUCGUCCAGAUGACCGACCCCAACAACCAGAUCUGUGCUGGUCAAGCGGGCAACGAUUCCUGCCAGGGUGAUUCUGGCGGUCCUCUGUACUGCCAGCAGGACGGUCAACAAGUUCUGACCGGUGUUGUGUCCUACGGUGUUAACUGUGGUCAAGCCGGUUAUCCAGGUGUCCACGCCAAGGUGUCCAGCUAUGCUGACUGGAUCGCUGCUCGUUCUGGCUGUUAAACUUUGGACGCUGUGUGCGAUAAAUACUUACAAAAUAAUU